AUGUCGGGCAGAGCCGUAUCGCCCGGCGGGGCGCUGCUGAGGACAUCGCGCAUGUUCUCCAUCCCCAAGCCGCUGCCUGAGCCGCCGUCGACGAACCUCCAUAUCGGCGAUCACAAGUCUGCGACAAUGACGAGACCGUAUCCGCAGCACCAGUCCAUCACUUCGCCGCUGGCCUCGCGGGAGAAGGGCGACUGGGGCCUCAAGCGCCCGUUCCCUCUCAAGUCGACCAUGGCCACCUCGACGCCCUACAUCCGGAUCAAGCAGGUGGACACUGUUGAGAACGUCACCAACUUUGCUUCCGCGGCCGACCAUUCGCUGUCAUUAGAAAAGUUCCAAGAGUUGCGGGUGGCCAUGUCUGUGCCGUUCAACCCCGACAAGAAGUCACAUUCUGCUUCAACGCGGUCCGAGUUGUGGCACAAGUCGGUCUUUGAGGAGGAUAUGGAUCUCACAGAGUUCAAGGGCGGCCGGGGAGACGACCGGAGAUGGAAGUUCCAGGGCCCGUGGCUUGCGAGAAUGACCGAGGGAGAGUUUGUCGAGUACUUGAACAAGAAGGUUCGCCCCAAGAGGGCACACUUCCGAGCACUCCUCAAACAGAAACUCGCGGACGACAUCACGACGAGCCAGAACAAGGUUGCUUUGGACGAGGGUAGAGAGGCUCCCCCCAAGGUCGAGGUGCGAGACAUCACGGAGGCGCAGUUCACAGACUACCUGCGCGCAUUGCGCAACGACCGGGUGACAUUGUAUGCGCUCGUCUCCAAGUUCCUCGACCUGGCACCGCUGGGACAACCCGUCGGAAUCAUUCACGCUUUCUGGGCAGACCGGGACAGCGUUGCUCCCGACAGCCCCUAUGGCAAAUCCGGCCCGCCGCCGAGCCACCCCUCGGCCGGCAUCAGCUACCUACGGACCAACGCCUUCAUGGAGAACCACCCCGUCUACGGCCCCCAGGGCAAGAGAGCGCCCGCAUUGGCCCGAGUGGUGUAUCCCAAAACUGGUCCCAUCCCUCCCAAGUUGGGCGUCGGCGGUUUCGUCGCUGACGCCCCCUCCGGAGACAACGAGUUCAACCCGAGGUACGGCAGCAGAAUGUCUGUCAACAAGGGUGUGCUCAACGGCAUCACGCAUCUCGACACCACGACAUUUGGUGGUGCCAAGGCCUACGUCGAGGCUUCGACCGCCACCGUCGAUCCUAGCGGCAAGGUUGUCUUGCGACUCCGGGAGGCGGACCCCGAGGCCCAGGUUAUCGCGCGAGAGAGCAGAGGCCUUACCGAGAUUUACAACGACGGUCCGACGAAGAGCUAUGUUCCCAGCGAACAGCCCAGCCAGCAAUCAAAGCGUGUAUCAGAUGAGGCACGCCUGAAUCGUGUUGCUGAUGAAGUCUUGGGGGAGUCGUCUCGCUUUGAUAAGCCAUGA